AUGCUGGGGCGCAUCAUGGUGGGCAAGCUGGUCGAGGGCAUGGGCGGCGCGGACGUCGCGGACGUGCUGCGCGGCGUGCCGCUGCCGAGCGACCCCGGGAGCGGGGUGGCGGAUGCGGUGGCGUGGGUGGGGCGCGCGCUGGAGGAGCUGCAGAGGGUGGGGUGUGCGGAGCGGUUUAGCGUCGAGGCGUUCAUGGGCGAGGCGGUGGGGUUUGCGGCGCAGUGGGCGGGGAGGGGGAAGAGGGGAGAGCCGGAGAAGGUUAAUUAUACGUGGAGUCGCACGUUUCCUUGA